ACCAAUAAGAAAAUGGAGUGAUAGUGUCACACGACAGCAGUUCAAUCAAAAUGUAAUCUAUCACUCCUAGAGGACAGUUCAAUGAUGCUGAACAACUUUGGAGGAGCAAGCACAGUGUACAACAGUCAUGGCCAAGAUGGCGGCAACAGCAAGGACACAUCUCAGUCGAUGGAGGCGUCGAAACAGCAGCCGGCCUCGUCCUGGGGCCAACACUACACCAGUCAGCUGGACGGCAACCUCGGCUGGUAUCCGGCCAACCACCAACCUGUCUACGACCAGUACAAGGCGAGUCGGUCGCACGACUACGGCCGGUACCCACAGUACUCAUCCGGCACCAUACACCAUCCAAUCCCAGUCAAGUGCUCGGAAAUGUGUUGUCAGCAUGAUCGCUAUCCAAUCAACCCUCCCCCUUCGUCCUUCCAGUUCCCAUCCCACCAUGUACAACCCCCUCCCCCGCCUCAUCCUCCCCGCUACACCGACUACCCUCCUUCAAAACACUACGCCUACAACAAGCGAGACAAGUGCAACACAAAUUACCCUCAAAUGCACGCCGAGUACCAGGUGUCCAAGUACCCCGUCAGACAGAAAGAGAUGAAGGAGCCGAAAGCGGUGAUUGAGUCUCACUGUCCCGUCUACCCGGUUGGCAACACCUACUGGGCCACCAAUGCCUGGGCUCCUCCGCAUCCCCCGCCAUCCUAUCACCAGUCGGUUGGUCUCCCUUACAAAAACAACCAAAUGCAGGAGAGCCGUGUCACGAAACCAGUGCCCUGUGCACCAUUCCAGCAGACCAGUGUCGACCACUCCAGUCAGGAGCGCAAGGGUGUCAUCAUGAAUGGAACCUCGAGCAGUGCUUCAUCUCUCAACAUCAACCCGGCGCAAUCGUUCAGAACCGAAUGCUUCGAACUGCCAUCGUCCUUCAUGACAUGCAGUUUCUCCACGCCUAAUAAUAGAAUGACUAAUAACAAUAGUUCCUCGAUGCAUCAGUCAUCAGUUAGUAGUAAUUAUAAUAGUAGUAGUAAUAGUAAUGUGGCCAGUAGUCAUUGUCAUAUCGCUGACAAACAACAUUCUCAGAUCACUGCAAACCAUUAUGCACAGUCCCAACAAGCAACUGUUGUACCAAAUAGAAUCAUUUCAAAUGCAAACUGCAGAAGGGUCACAGCAAAUCACCCAAUCAGUGAUAAUCAGGUUUAUAGUGAUAUGAGGCCUAUGGAGAAUAAUCGUCAAACAUCAAUCACCCCCGAGGAUAGUUCAACUACUAGCAAAUCUGCAAAUCAGUUCUCACAGCAAGAUGUGUCUUCGCAGAAAAAGAGGCCUCAAUUGGAUGUGAGACAGUUCCUGGCCACUUGGGACGACGAGGAGGAGGAGGGUAGAGCGAGUGUCCUGGACCUCGACACUUCGGCGACCUCCGCACCUGUCAUCGUGCUCGACUGUCGCAACAUCGGAGAGCACGAGAUCAGAAGGGUUCGUGACAAGCUCAGUUCGUGGGAAGCGAAUCAAGCGUCCGCCAGAAGAGACACCAUUGAUAAACCAGUAAUUGCUAAACCUGUGAUUUCAAAUGAAAAGAUUAAUAGAGAUGAUCACGAUUCUAUUAUGAUGUGUUCGAAUAAGAAUAAACCUGUACAAAAUACUUAUGAGUCAAAUUUGAGAAACAGUAAAUCUAGUCAUUUGAUGGCUGACAACAGGCCUCCUCACAAUGCAUAUCCAGAGCAAUUCAACCAUCGUCACCACCAUCUAGUUCAACACAUGCCCAACGUUGCCUCAAGACAACAGUUCUCCAGCUCCUGGGACCACUCAGAUGUCAACAAAACACCAGCUGGUGUCCUGGAAAGUCACCAGUCAACCCCAAUUCAACCCGUAUACCCCCACACCAUUCAACAUUACGAAAAGAAGUCAAAUGUGAGUGUUGUUGAGCCAGUUGCUAUGAUCUCCAGAAAUCCACCCAGCUUCUCACUGGAUCAACCUGAACUAAAGGAGCAGUCUCCUCUGGAGCAUUUGGUGAACUUUUAUGGAGAGUCUGCUCCCCGUCGAACAGAGAACAGCUACGAUGUGACAGGCUUGCAUGCUAACAGAAUCUACGCUCCCAAACCAACAAUGCCUGUACCAAUGCAAAUUCCCAACUCAACGGCACCUAUUCAGACUGUCCAGAGUUUUGACUCUCCACCUGGUGAAAUCUUUUGCGAACCAACCAGUAUCCUGAAACUAGUUGACAGUGGCCGAGCAAAUAUUAUCAGCAACAUUACGAAACCAAAUAGUAUUCAGUAUACACAAGAUAUAAUGCAAGACAGUAAUGUAGUCUCUAACCAAGGUUCAUAUUGUCAAAGUAUUAUUCAAAAUCCACAAGCAGUAUUGAAUAAUGUGGAACCGUCUAAAAUGUAUACAGAUUUGGACACAAAUAAAACUUUAAUUUUGAAUUUGACUCAACGAGCUGAACAGAAUCAUUGUUUGCCGGUCAUAUCUAGUAUGGGUCAAAGUGGACCUUCAAGUUCGCCCUGCAGUAGCAACAUUUCACCAUUGUCCGAUCAGUCAUCACCCUCGCAGAAAACUGCAGACACAGAUUGCAACAUUCAUAGCAACAUGUUGACAACAAUCACGUCCGUGGCAAAACAGCCGAGAGAGACUAUUGCGCAAGUACCGCCACUUUGUCAUGAACCCCAAAAGAAGAAAACUGAUGUUUCCUGUAGAAUGUUGGAAGCUGAUCAGGAGAAAAUAUGCGAGAAAAAUGAUAUAAGCAUCACCUUACACUCAAUAGGAGAAUGCAAUUUGAAUGCAAAUUCGUUAGCAUCUGAAGUGUGUGUUCCGCCUCAUUUCGACCAUCAACUACGGCAUUUGUUGACUUGUGACGAUAUUGGAAGAGAAAAGGAAGCAGCAACAGAUACAAGUCCUAGUAUUACUGAGAAAUCCACAUUCAAUAAUGUAGAAGAGGUAUUGUGUAAUAAGAAUGAGACCCUAAAAGCGACGACUAUUGGAGAGAAUUAUCAACCAAUUCUAGAUAAUACUGGAAACAUGAUUGCGUCUAAUCAGAUUUCUACGGCAGCUCCCACUCCAGACGUAUCAUGCAUGCAAUUCGCCAACACUGUGUGUUCUGAGCUAUCUUCCCAAGGAUUUAUGACUGAAGACGACAAGAGAGCUCACCUUCUGCACAUGCCGUCAUUGGAAGACGAUGAUAGUUCUCUUGCAGUGAUUCCAAAUAGCGAUAUUGAUAGCACUGAUGUUCAAUUUAUUUCCACCGAUCCCUCAACCAGUGUUACAAAGGAAGAUUGUAAGUUCUCGGAUUAUUCCAACUCACAUCAAAAUAUAGCAGAGAAAACAUCGAACGAAAGAGUGACUGGUGAUGGAAUUUUAGUCAAGGAAACGGUCAUAGAGGGAUGUGAAUUGUCGGAGAAAGUGAGAUUUGGUGAAAUUGCCGGUUGUCCAACUGAUUGGGUUCGUGAUGCUGACUUUAAUAAGACCAACGCGGUUUGUGACAAAAGUAGAUUAAUUGCUCAUGAGAGCCAUCUCAACGAUUCAACAGAAGAGUUCAAAGGAAUCUCAACAAAUGUAAAUUCGAGCUGCAAUAUAGAUGAGAAUCUAUCUAAUAUAAGUAAGAAAAAACCUUCAAUAAGCAAUAUUUCCUCCUCCUCAAAUGAUCUGUCUUCAUCACUUGGAUCUACAAUCUCUUCAAAUAAUGUUACAGAGCAAUUGAAUAGAAGCGAAGUUUCAUCAAACAAUGAUCUCAAUGAAGAUAGAAUUGUGAUGUCAGCAUGCGCAUUAGAGAAUUCUCAUCAACCUCUAGCUUGUGACCAACAUUCUUCUUCUCUAACUACGUUUAGUCCAGGAAGUAUUGGAUGCACUAAUACUGUUGUUUCUCAAAAAUCGUCAGAGAACCUGAUUUCAAACGAUGACAAACUUCCAUUAGAUCUCAAAUCAAAUUGUUCAUCAACAAAAUUGCUCAGUAGUGAUGGAAACAAUGCAAUAAUAGAAAGAUCAGCAUGUAAAUUACAAGUUGAAUCUGUGCAUAAUGACUGUAGAAACGAGGUCGUAGCUGCAGUAGAACCUAACUCAAUUCUUAAGGAAUGUUCAAUCAAUGCAGAUGAAACAUGCAAGUCAAAUUCUCCAAACAUUACAGCUAUCAGGAAAACUGUGAUAAAUAACGAUAGCCGAAAACCCCUAAGAAGUGGUGGUAAUGUACAAACAGUUGUAGAUGAUGACAGUGGGGUUGAAACCUCUUGUGGUUUGUCCAACAUAGAAAAAUCGGCUGAAAUUCCACACAUGCCUAUGUCGAAUUCUACUGAUAACAAAAUUCUGGACAGCACUGUUAUUCAAUGUGGGAAGAAAGGUGAUGAAAAGAUAGCCAAAAGUGAAGAGAACCACUGUGAAAAUCUUAAAGAAAGUGCUUUGAAUAAAACGUGCAAUGAUUCAUGUGGGUUCCCCACUUUUGGUGAUGAUAAACUUUUGGAAAAACAUAACUCAGUCACAGAUACACUUAUUAAUUCAAACUCCAAUUCUGAAAAUAAUCAAGAUAAUCCUAGCAGUCUUCCUGAAACAUUCAGCAAGGAAUCUAUUGUAGAAGAGAAAGAAGCUGUGAAAUCACCGGAUAAAAUAGUUGAAGAAAGAGAGAUUGAUUCCUCUAAAAGUUGCAUUGACCAGUGUGAAAAUUUUGAAAAGGAAAUCGACAAUAAUGAGGUUAAUAAGUAUUUAUUUGAUGAUGAAGUUAAGGAGCAAAACUCGACAAAUAACUGCUGUAAUACAUCAAGAGCUCCAGACAAAGAUAAUGUAGAAAUUGAUAAUGCACUUAUGAUUUGCGGUAAAAUUUGUGAUUCUGAAACGCAUGUUAUCGACCGGGAAGAAUGUGGAUCUAUGGAAUCAAAGAAAAUAGAUUCAACUGGAAUUCCACCUCAACAAAAUAAAUCUCCACCUCAACAAAGUAAUUCUCCACCUCAACAAAGUAAUUCUCCACCUCAACAAAAUAAUUCUCCACCUCAACAAAAUAAUUCUCCAGUCUCACUUGACGAAUCAUCAGCUUCUGUCAUCGAAAAUCAUCAAGAAGUAAAAAUUUCAAAGUCUACUCGGCCUAAACCGAAAGUUGCCAGAAGAAAAAACUCUGAAGAAUUUCAUCAUUCAUCUCCUUAUCAAAGGACAUGUACAAGAACACCUGUAACUGAAGGUAUGAUCUCAGAAACUGAAGCUGAUAAUAGAACAUUUGAUGUUCAAUCUCUUGAAACCCCAAAUUCCCCUGAAUUGGAUAAUGAAGAAAAGACACAUCCAUUCAGGACAGACGAAUCCAAUGAAACUCACUUCUCAAUGCACAAUUCUAUGGAAUUCGAUGGCACCACGCAUCAUUAUAAGAAUAAAAUCGAUCUGCUUGCGUCUGCGGCAAUGAUGGCUCAGAAAGAAGAUAUUUCCAAAAUCAACAAUUGUUAUAAUGAGCAAGACAAGGAGGAAAAUGUCGAUUGUAUUGAAUCUUCAGAUUUGAAAGGUUUUAAAAAACUGUCUUCCCAUCUAGUUAAUGGAGAUUGUGGUUAUGAUACAAUCGAUGAAGUAGAAUCAAGUCGAAUGAGUCCAGUCGAACAUCGUGAAAUUUCCAAUGACGAAAGAAAUUCAGAAGGUCAGAAUGAAGAUUUAGUGACUGAAAAUAUUACUGAAUUGCAAACAAAACCAUAUUUGAAAGGCCUUGAAGCUCUGGGUGCUGCUGCAAAGCAGUCCAUAAAUGAUCAGGAGAUUGAAACUGAAGUUGUAUCCAAUAGUGAUGAGAAAAAAAUCAUUCCAAAGCUAAAAAUCCAAAGAAAAAUCAAGAAACCAAACUGGAAUUCGAUGACAGUUAUAAGAAAUAAAUACAAUGUGAAACGUUUCAGUAGUACUUACAGAAACAUGCGAUACAUUUCUAGGUUCAAAAACAAUUUGAAUGCAAACCGAAGGUAUGAGAUGAGAAAAAAUCUCAAAAAACCGGCUACAGAUUGUACUGAAAAUAUUUUGAAACCAGAUUCAAUGAACAAGGAGAACUACCCUUCAAAUUCAUUGGAAUCGGAAAGUUAUGCUAGCUAUGAACCUGAUAAUGAAGUACAACUCCAAGAAGAUUCAAUGACUCCGGAUGUUUUAUUAGAAGACAAUGCUAAGAAUGAAGAAACUGCAAAUAAUUUGAAAGAAGACAUCGGUUCAAAUGUAUCAUCACCAAAGAAUUAUUCUUGUCCCUUGGAAAUAGUGUGUCCAGACCAAGAGAUACAAUUAAAUUGUAAAUCUUCCGAAGGUCAAUCCAGUUUGAGCUCUAGUUCGAGUAGCUCUAGUGACUCAUCGUCAUCCUCGUCUAGCUCUAACAGUUCUUCUUCUAGUAAUAGCUCCACUAGUGCCGAUGAAGACAUUUCUGGUUCGAAAGAAAUGCAGCAGAACGACAUCGACAUCCUCAGUAGCAAUGACGCAUCCCAAUUAGUAACUCCGAAUUCGGAUGUCUUCACUUGUAACAAUCUUGAUGAAGAAGUUGUUGAGACAGUAAAUAGUGUCACACCUAGACCACCAUCACCAAAAAACCACCCACAUCACCAGACCAUCGUAGAUCACCAAGAUAGAAGCUCCGAUUUCAAAACUAAAACCAAUAACACGUUCUACAGAAAGCUAUUUUCUACUAGAAACCUUUCACGGCUCUCCAACAUGUCUAAGAGAAUGAUUCAUUUCAAGGAGAAUAAAACAAAGUGGUUGAGAUCGAAGAUUUACAAUUUAAAACAUCGUAGCAACACUAUCAAACCAUCUACCAAUUUUUCAAAUAAAUGUGAAAGAAUGUCCCCUGAAGGUAAAGAAGUCAGGGAUAACUCGGAGGAUGAAACAGACUAUCACCGUAAUGACAGUAAUAACAAUUUCAGCCCCUCAAGUGAUGUAGAAAAUGCGAUAGUUGACAGUGAUACAAUUUAUAGUUUGAAUGAUCGUGUCGAAUACUCAGAAGAUCCAUUUGUUUCAGACAUCUAUCUUCCCAGCAAAGAACAGCAAAAUGUUUCUAUAAACGAGUGUGUUGUUGAAAGUAAAGUUAUGGAAAGGUGUUGGUCUCCUCAGGAAGUAGAGCCUCAUAGGUUGAUAGAAUCUGUAAACGAGUGUGUUGUUGAAAGUAAUGUUAUGGAAAGAUGUUGGUCUCCUCAAGUAGAAGAAGAUGAACCUCAUAGGUUGGGAGAAUCUAUACACGAGUCUGUUGUUGAAAGUAAAGCUAUGGAAAGCUGUUGGUCUCCACAAGAAGAGGAUGAACCUCAUAGGUUGGGAGAAUCUAUAAACGAAUCUGUUGUUGAAAGUAAAGCUAUGGAAAGCUGUUGGUCUCCGCAAGAAGAAGAACCUCAUAGGUUGGAAGAAUAUACUUUUGACGAGAAUAAUUAUGCUUGCACUGAUAAUAGUGAGCAACGUCUCAACUCGUUGCCAGUCACAAACCCAAGUGAAACUUUGGAGAAGCCGUCCAGAAACUUUGAAGAUUCAGAUUCUGAGAAUGAGUCAGUUUCAUCUGAAAGUGAACCAACCGUGAAUAAUGCUAAUUUGAAUCAGAAUAGAAUGUCUUUUGCAACUCUUAACAAUGCAGAAAACAUAGCUAUGUUUGUAGAAGAAGUCUGCAAUUUAGAAACUCAUAGUUUACAACCUGACAAUGAAGAAUGCAGUGAAAAUUGUCAUCAAGAGGUGGUUUGUGAGUCGGAAAAUGGAUCUUCCAAGUUCAAUCAAAGCAAUUUUUCAAACAACGGUAUUGACGAGCUAUCAGUGACUGAGGUUGAAUUAUCUUACAGUGGAGAGCCCGCCAAAAAUUGUGAAACAGUUGGUGGUGGUUUUGAGUCUAUCAGAAAGAAAGUCAUCUCACCUUCAAGUUCUCACAGUGAAGGCUACAGUAGUGAUGAUUCAAGAUCGUCAGCGUUUUCAAGUGCAUCGAGUAUCUUGUCGAAAAGUAAAAAGGAAGAAGAGUCAAACAAUGAGUAUUCAUUAGAAGGAGGAAAAAUAGAUGUAAUUCGCAUUUCUCCUGUAAACGGAAAAUUACAAGCCCAAUCAUGUUCGCCGGUUGUAGAACUUAAAUUAAAGUGCAGUCUUCCUUGGGAUAAAGUUUUCAAUACUUUAAAAACUAGGAAAAGAAAGUCGAAAAAAAGAAGAUCGAAACCAAAGAAAAGUGGCAUUGAACUGGGACCAGCAAACGUAGAAUUUAGAGUUGAUAGGAAUUUCAAAGAAAAGACUGCAGCGUGGAAGGUGUUCGAAAUCCUUUAUCGUCGCCUGUGAUUAGAGUUGAAAGGUUGAUUUUACAACGGGAUCCCGAUUUGACUAGCUUAUCAGAAGAUAGUACAAGCAGUCCAAAGAGUGGAGAUAGCUCUGAAGAAGAAUUAGUGAAAGCUAACAAGAUACCCAGAAAAUCUCCUGAUCUACAAGAAUCGUUCUCGUCAUCUGAAGAAAACGUCAUUCCCAAAGUGCUUAUAAAGAAA